CUCUUCCUUCCAGAUUUGGGUGAGGCAGAGCUUAAACCCUAUCUCUCUCCAUUUCCCCUGAAACCGCUUUCAAAUUCCCAUCACACCCUUCUCGCUGACACGUAAUUUCAUAUCAUGGCUUCCCGAAUUGCCCCAUUUCACCCAAUUUUGAGACCCAUUUUGUGCGAUGUUUUCCCUCACAAGCUGCAUUAUCAAUUUCUCAGGCCCGCAAAUUUGCAGAGGAGAUUGCUGUUAGCCUCGGUUCAAGCAAUUAGGCCGGUCCCACUCGGUAAUAUCAGAUUCUCGACUCGUUCGUCUCGGGAGAGGAUGAGUUCGGGCAUGGGCCAGGGUUCGCGGGCCUCGGCCUCCAAGAGUUUGAUUGAGGAUGAGGCUGAUCUGAGUGACUGGGUUAGUGAUCUGAAUUCGAGCUCAUUCAAGAAAACUCGGGUGUAUAGCGAUAGUGAGGAUGAUGGUGGAAGAGGUGGGGAUGGGAGGAGAAGGCGAGAUGGUGAAUUUGAUAAAGAUUCUGACUUUAGUGGUAGACGAGGCGGUGGUGGACGUGGAGGGCGGUUUUCUGGUGGUAGGGGUGGUGGGAGAGGCGGGGAACGUGAUUCAGAUAGAUUUAGCAGGGGUGGUGGUAGUUCGUUUGGAGGGAGAGGUGGCGGGCGUGAUUCGGGUAGAUUUAGUAGGGGUGGUGGUAGUUCGUAUGGUGGGAGAGGUGAGGAGCGCGAAUUUAGUAGGGGCGGUGGUAGUUCGUAUGGUGGGAGAGGCGAGGGGCGUGAAGCGAGUAAAUUUACCAGGGGUGGUGGUAGUUCGUAUGGUGGCAGAGGUGGGGGGCGUGAUUCUGGUAAAUUUAGUAGGGGUGGGAGAUUCGGGGGUGUCUCGGAUGAGAGGAGAGAGCGUAACAAUGACUACGUGAGCAGGGGGGGUGGAGAGUGGAAAGAGAAGAGACAGAGUGAGAGAGGUUCAGGAAUGACAUAUGGAAAUAGAGGAGGAAGAAGUGGGGAUCGAGGUGGUUUGGCUACGAAAGGAGGAGGAAGAGGGACGGAAAGAAGAGGGUUUGUUGUUACAGAUGACGAGGAUGUGGAUGAGGAUGUGUAUGAUGAUGCUGAGGAGGAGGAAAAUGAUAAGGGGUAUACGAGUUUUAAGGAUUUACUUAACAGUGAUGAAGCAGAUGAAGAUGAUGACGAUGACGAUGAAGAUGAAGGGAGAGAUGAUGAAGAAGUGGAAGUGGUGAGAGCCAAGCUUGAGAAAGGGAGCUCUGCUAAAAGCUCACCCCAAAGUAGCGAAUCAUACCUUAGUGAAAGCAGGUUCGACCAAUGUCCCAUCUCACCUUUAUCACUUAAAGGAAUCAAAGAUGCUGGUUAUGAAAGGAUGACUAUGGUGCAAGAUGCAACUCUUCCUAUCAUUUUGAAAGGUAAGGAUGUCCUCGCCAAGGCAAGAACUGGCACAGGGAAAACUGUUGCUUUUCUGCUUCCUGCAAUUGAAAUCAUAGCUAAAUUACCUCCUGCUGACCGCGAUCAAAAAAGAUCCCCUAUACACGUGCUAGUUAUAUGCCCAACAAGAGAGCUUGCUACUCAGGCUGCUGCCGAGGCCAACAAAUUGUUGAAGUAUCAUUCCUCUAUUGGUGUUCAAGUUGUCAUAGGAGGUACCCGGUUAGCUAUGGAGCAAAAAAAGAUGCAAGCAAAUGCAUGCCAGAUACUCGUGGCAACACCUGGAAGGCUUAGGGACCAUGUAGAGAAUACAGCUGGAUUUGCAACUCGACUCAUGGGAGUUAAAGUCUUGGUCCUUGACGAAGCUGAUCAUUUACUAGAUAUGGGAUUCCGCAAAGAAAUAGAGAAAAUAAUAGCUGCUGUCCCAAAACAACGACAGACACUUCUAUUUUCUGCAACAAUUCCACAAGAGGUUCGUCAAAUCUGCCAUGUUGCCCUAAAACGCGACCAUGAGUACAUAAAUACAGUAGAAGAAGGAAGUGAAGAUACACAUGCACAGGUCAGGCAGACACACCUAGUCGCUCCUUUGGACAAACACUUUUCACUUCUUUACACUAUGCUGAAAGAGCAUAUUGCAGAUGAUGUUAACUACAAGGUCCUUGUUUUCUGCACCACUGCAAUGAUGACAAAGCUCGUUGCUGAGCUUCUCAACGAGCUUAACUUGAAUGUCAGAGAGAUACAUUCUCGAAAACCACAAAGUUACAGGACUAGAGUCUCGGAUGAAUUUAGAAAGUCGACUGGCCUAAUUCUCGUCACAUCUGACGUGUCUGCGCGUGGUGUUGAUUAUCCUGAUGUCACCCUCGUUAUACAGAUCGGUGUUCCAGCAGAUAAACAGCAGUAUAUCCACCGAUUGGGUCGAACUGGCCGAAAAGGAAAAGAAGGGGAAGGUGUGCUGUUGUUGGCACCUUGGGAAGAGUUCUUCUUGAACACUAUCAAAGACUUACCAAUAUCGAAGGCAUCCGAACCAAUGGUCGAUCCAGAUACUACGAAAAGGGUCGAACGUGCUUUGUGCCAAGUUGAGAUGAAGAGCAAAGAAUCAGCAUACCAGGCGUGGCUCGGGUACUACAACUCUAACAAAAGUGUUGGUCGAGACAAAUAUAAGCUCGUGGAGCUUGCAAAUGAGUUCAGCAGGAGCAUGUGUCUGGACAACCCUCCGGCCAUUCCGAAGCUAGUCCUCGGGAAGAUGGGUUUGAAGAACAUCCCUGGGCUGAGAUCGAAGUAGAUAGUGAAAGACAAAUUUUCAUUUUACAUUAGUUUUAUGCGAGGAGACUGACCACCAUUAACCUAAAUUUUUGUGGCACAACUUCGGUAAUGGUUGUAAAUUCAAUCUAAGCGGAGAAAUUUGUAGGCCAUUUCAUUGUAGAGAAACAUUUCUAAUGCAUAUGCUUUUGCAAAAAUGUAAACGAAGAUAAUUUGAUGGAAA